AUGGAGAGGAAUAGUCCAGCCAUUGCACUGCUGCUUUUACUUCAAGGGGUCCUGGCCUCUGGUGCUGUGGAGGUCCAUCCCUCCUCUAACCCUGCUGUGGUCGGGGAAAAUGUGACACUGUCUCUGUCUCCUCCGACAUCUCUAAGCAGUGGAAGCUGGUCGGUGGGAAAUGCCCAGAUACUCACCUGGGUGGGAAACCAACAGGCAAUCUUCUCCAGUCACACCGGCAGGGCAUCCAUAGACAUCGCCACCAGAGCUCUCACUCUGAGUUUCGUCACGGUGGCCGACUCAGGGGUCUACACAGUGCAGUCUGCGAGCCCUGAACUUAAGCUCAGUACGACCAUCACUGUACUGGAGCCCAUUUCUAAUGUCACACUGAGAACCAAUCAGACCAGGCUGGUGGAGUUCAAAGGGUCCAUAGUUGCUUCAUGUUCCGUCCUCUCUGGAUCCUCACUGUCUUUCCUUUGGCUGAAUGGUGACUCUGAGAUCACAGCCAAUGAGAGGGUUCAUCUCACUGAUGGAAACUCCACUCUGACCAUAGUCAACAUGAGCCGAUAUGACCAGGGACAGCUCCGGUGUUGUGCUUUUAAUGCUAUCAGUAACGCCACCAGUGAUCCGGUGAACUUCACUGUGAGCUAUGGUCCUGAAAACAUGAACCUCACUGGAGGUGGAUCCUUUGCCACUGGAUCCAAUGUGUCCAUGCUCUGUUUAGCUGACUCCAGUCCUCCAGCUCGGCUUAAGUGGGCUUUCAGAGGAGAGCUGCUGAACACCACAGGAGCAGAGCUGAACCUGUACAACAUCAGUGAGGACCAAAGUGGUGUUUAUACCUGUCAGGCUUUCAACAACGAAACCAGCAGGAGUGAAAAUAUCACCACACAAGUCAUCAUAUCAAAGCCUUCAUCAUCUGCAUCAGAACAGGCAGCCUGUAUGUGGCUUCUUCCUCUGCUGUCAUUGGCUGGACUCCUCUUCACAACACCCCACUAACUGGAAAUAAAUCAUACUUUUCUCAUUCUUUUUUAAUCACAGAUUAACACUGGAAUAUUAGACUGUUCUAGAUGUGUUAUGAUGUGUUAAAUAUGUGCAGCAGAUCAGAUACUUCCUGUUCAGAUAUAAUGUAUAAAUACAGCAUUAUGUGAAAAGGCUGGGUCUGUUUUUGGAAAGAACCUAGAUACACCGAGGAAUAUGGUGGAGACGUGUACACGGAGUGAAGUGGAGGACAUCUUGGAUAAUCUAGAUCAUCUUCUUCAUCCCAAACCAGAAGAGCAGCUGCAGUUCUGCAUCUUAGAAUCAUUACGAUGCAGAACUGAGAAGUAUAGAAGACCCCUCAUGUCCACUGCCAUCAAACUCUAUAAAACCUCAGUUUGAUCAUCCAUGGGCUGAUGGAUUACUUGUUCAAUAAUACUGUUUUUUGUUUUGUUUCUUUCUCUUUCUUAAGCUGAUUAAAAAAGUGAAA